GCUUCCACUUGUCUACAGAAACCAAGCAAAGGCCAUGGAACCGCUCAUCGAGGCCGUCCACUGCACCUCGCAGGCGUCAUCCGACGGCUGUUGUCAAACCUUGCCUUGAAGCCGCCUCUCCUAUAAAUAUCCUUCAACGCCCCUGGGAAAUUGCAACCUGAAAACCUUCCUCAACUGCCGGCUCCCCGCCCUCGCCGCUCUCCUCUUUUCUCACCUCCUUGCCCCCGAAUACCGCCACCGGAAUCCACGGAGGCCGCGAUGCAGUAUCCGCCGGCGACUUUGAUGAUGCAGCACCCGAUGGCGCCGCCACCUCCGCCGCUGCCAUUUACGCCGCCGCGCUUCUUCGGCUAUCCCCAGCUCAUGCUUUCUCAGCCGCCUCAAGGAAAAGGCAGCACCGAGGAGAACAAGACAAUCUGGGUUGGAGAUCUCCAUUACUGGAUGGAUGAAAAUUAUCUGCAUAGUUGUUUUGCACAUACCGGCGAGGUCUGCGCCAUAAAAGUGAUACGCAAUAAGCAAACAGGGAAGUCAGAAGGAUAUGGUUUUGUAGAGUUCUUCACGCAUUCAGCGGCUGAGAGAGUACUUCAGACUUUAACGGGCGUUUUGAUGCUUAAUAGUGACCAACCUUUUAGGUUAAAUUGGGCAUCUUUUAGCAUGGGUGAUAGGCGUUACGAUAUUGCACCGGAUCACUCUAUAUUUGUUGGUGACCUGGCUCCUGAUGUCACUGAUACUUUGUUACAAGAAACUUUUUCUAUGAAAUAUCCUUCUGUAAAGGCUGCAAAGGUAGUAUUUGAUGCGAAUACUGGCCGCUCAAAAGGAUAUGGUUUUGUGAGAUUUGGAAAUGAUACUGAGAAAGCACUUGCCAUGACUGAGAUGAAUGGAGUUUAUUGCUCUAGCAGACCCAUGCGAAUUGGAGCUGCAACUCCUAGAAAAAUAUCAGGUUCAAGCAGUGGAGCUGCUCAGAGCUCCCACGAGGAUUGGGUCUCAACUAACACAACUGUAUUUGUUGGUGGGCUUGACCAAGAUGUUAGCGAAGAUGAGCUCAAGCAAAUUUUUUCUAAAUAUGGUGAGCUUGUGUCUGUUAAAAUUCCACUUGGGAAGCAAUGUGGUUUUGUACAAUUUGUCCAAAGAAAAAAUGCUGAAGAAGCAUUGGAGGCUUUGAGUGGAACAGUGAUUGGGAAGCAGACUGUUCGUCUUUCGUGGGGCCGCAACCCAGCCAAAAAGCAGUUGAGAUUUGAGCCAUUGAAUCGGUGGAGCGGAGGGUACUUUGGCGGGCAGUCCUAUGGGGGAUAUGGCUAUGGAGUGCCAUUUCAGCAUCCUGGUGUGUAUGCUGCUGCUUAUAGUCCUUAUGCCAUGUAUGGCAGCUUCCAACAACAAGUGAGCUGAUUAAGCCGUCUUUAUAGACAUUGAUUAAGGAUAUAUAUAUAGCAGUGUAGAAUAGCCCUAAAAAAUUAAUUAUCUGCCGACAUAAUUUAUCUAGUUUCUAGGAUAUAAGAUGUUGGGUUACAUUAAUUUUUAUUGGUUGGUGUGACAAACUAGAAUUUUUUGUACUCUAUUGGUGUGAUUUAAGAUAUGAUUCAUUCUUUUA